AUGACUAACAAGGCCGCCACCGCCAGCAUCAUCGCCGCCGUGGGCGUUGUGGCCGUCAUCGGCACGAUCGCCGCGGUCACCACGUCCAAGAAGGCCAGCGACGAUGGUGGCAACAUGUCCACCAGCAUCAAGCUCUCCCAGCUCUGCUCUUCCACGCUGUACCCGGCCAAGUGCGAGAACAGCCUCACCCCCGUCGUCAACGAGUCUUCCAACCCGGAGGAGGUCCUCCGCGCCGCGCUCCAGGUGGCCAUGAACGAGGUCGGCGCCGCCUUCGCCAAAUACAGCGACGUCGGCAAGGGCGCCACCGACAAGAUCACCUUGAGCGCCAUCGGCGAGUGCAAGAAGCUGCUCGACGACGCCAUCGUGGACCUCAAAGACAUGGCCGGCCUCAGGGCCGACCAGGUCGUCGUCCAGGUCAACGACCUCAGGGUCUGGAUCUCCGGCGUCAUGACCUAUAUCUACACCUGCGCCGAUGGCUUCGACAAGCCGGAGCUCAAGAAGGCCAUGGACAAGCUGCUGACGAACUCCACCGAGCUCAGCAGCAACGCCCUGGCUAUCAUCACCCGCGUCGGCCAGUUCCUGCAUCAAGGGCAGGACGCCAAGAGUGGCUCCACUGUCGGAGGGAGCCGCCGACUUCUCGGGUGGUACAUGGGUGACGCGCACGACGUGGAAAGCAGGCGCCGGCUUCUAGCUAUCAAUGGCAGGCUGGAUGAGAUCGCAGUCGUGAGAGACGCGAGCCGGCGCCUCCUGUCAGAGACGAUGGACGAGAUCACUGAGAUGUCCCACGACGGAGACCGCCACCUGUCGGAGACGAUGGACCAGAUCGAUGAGAUGUCCCACGACGGAGAUCGCCACCUCUCGGAGACGAUGGACCAGAUCGAUGAGAUGUCCCACAACGGAGACCGCCACCUCCAAGACGUGAGUACGUCCAACCCCACCGGAAACGUGAGCACGUCCAACCUCACCGGAAAAGCGAACACGUCCCAGGUCAUGUCGUUCGGCGAUGGCUCCUCGGCCUCGAUGUUCUUCGGGGUCUCCAAUCUGACUAAGGAGGCCGACUUUGUCCGGCGCCGGCUGCUGAGCAUGACGUACGAUGGCUCAUCGGAGAACGAGGUUAAACAAUACGGUGAAGGCAACAAACGAAGGCUCCUCAACGAUGGCUUGUCGGGGGACGAGGUUAAGCAAUACGGUGAGGGCAACAAGCGAAGGCUCCUCAACGAUGCCUCAUCGGGGGACGAGGUUAAGCAAUACGGUGAAGGCAACAAGCGAAGACUCCUCAACGAUGCCUCGUCGGGGGACGAGGUUAAGCAAUACGGCGAAGGCAACAAGCGAAGACUCCUCAACGAUGCCUCGUCGGGGGACGAGGUUAAGCAAUACGGCGAAGGCAACAAGCGAAGGCUCCUCAGCGACGCCUCGUCGGGGGACGAGGUUAAGCAAUACGGCGAAGGCAACAAGCGAAGGCUCCUCAACGACGCCUCGUCGGGGGACGAGGUUAAACAAUACGGCGAAGGCAACAAGCGCAGGCUCCUCAAUGACGCCUCGUCGGGGGACGAGGUUAAACAAUACGGCGAAGGCAACAAGCGAAGACUCCUCAACGACGCCUCAUCGGGAGACAAGGUUAAACAAUACGGCGAAGGCAACAAGCGAAGGCUCCUCAAUGACGCCUCAUCAGGAGACGAGGUUAAACAAUACGGCGAAGGCAACAAACGAAGGCUCCUUAACGACGCCUCAUUGGAUAAUGAGGUUAAACAAUAUGGCGAAGGCAACAGGCGAAAGCUCCUAUCCACUCAGAUGCAGAGCAUUGCCGACAUGUCGGCGCAGAUGAACCGCCGCCUCCUCGCGACGGAGCUCCCCGAGGACCUCGCCGGCAAGCGUCAGCUCCUGUCCAACAAGCUCGUCAUGAUCUACGAAGUCGCCAAGGAGGCCAACUGCGAGCUCGAGGCGAUCGACAACGGCAGGAUCCCCGAGGAGGAGGAGGAUCAGAGGGUGCUGGCGACGGAGGUUGUCGGCACGAUCGAAGACCUGCCCAACAACCACCGCCGCAAGCUGCUGUCCGCCGGCGUCUUCCCGGAGUGGGUGUCGUCCCACACCCGGAGGCUCCUCCAGAUUCCCGGCGGGCUGCAGAAGCCCAACGCGGUGGUGGCCGCGGACGGGAGCGGCAACUUCAAGACCAUCACGGAGGCCCUCAACUCCGUGCCCAAGAAGUCCACCGCACGCUUCGUCAUCUACGUCAAGGCCGGCGAGUACAAGGAGUACGUCACGGUCAACAAGGACCUGGCCAACGUCUUCAUGUACGGCGACGGGCCCACCAAGACCCGGGUCAUCGGCGACAAGAGCAACAAGGGAGGCUUCGCCACCAUUGCCACCCGCACCUUCUCGGCGGAGGGGAACGGGUUCAUCUGCAAGUCGAUGGGAUUCGUGAACACGGCGGGGCCGGACGGGCACCAGGCGGUGGCGCUGCACGUGCAGGGCGACAUGUCGGUGUUCUUCAACUGCAGGUUCGAGGGGUACCAGGACACCCUGUACGUGCACGCCAACCGGCAGUUCUUCCGCAACUGCGAGGUGCUGGGCACCAUCGACUUCAUCUUCGGCAACUCGGCGGCGGUGUUCCAGAACUGCCUCAUGACGGUGCGGAAGCCCAUGGAAAGCCAGGGCAACAUGGUGACCGCGCACGGGCGCACGGACCCCAACAUGCCCACCGGCAUCGUGCUCCAGGGGUGCAAGAUCGUGCCAGAGGACGCGCUGUUCCCCGUCAGGCAGACGGUCCCCAGCUACCUCGGACGGCCGUGGAAGGAAUACUCGAGGACGGUGGUCAUGGAGAGCACCAUCGGCGACCUCAUCAAGCCCGAGGGGUGGUCGGAGUGGAUGGGUGACUUCGGGCUCAAGACGCUCUACUACGCCGAGUACGCCAACACGGGGCCCGGCGCCGGGACAAGCAAGAGGGUGACCUGGCCGGGGUACCGUGUCAUCGGACAGGCCGAGGCCACGCAGUUCACCGCCGGCGUGUUCAUCGACGGCAUGAGCUGGCUCAAGAACACCGGCACGCCUAACGUCAUGGGCUUCAUCAAAUGAUCGAGCCAGU